AUGGCAACAAUCAACAUAGAGCAUGUUCAAAAGGUGGAACUGCAAAACAAGGCAAUAGUUGAAAUGCUUUACAAGGCACUAUUGGGACAAGGAACAAUGGACAAGGUGGCCAAAUUGCUAGCAAGUGACCUUGAGUGGUGGUUCCAUGGCCCCCCUCAAUGCCAACACAUGAUGAGGGUGCUCACAGGAGAAACUGAUCACACCAAGGCAUUCCGGUUCGAGCCGAGAAGCAUCACUGCCAUCGGCGAUUGCGUGAUCGCCGAAGGGUGGGAAGGCCAGGCCUAUUGGGUGCAUGUGUGGACCCUUAAAAAUGGCCUAAUCACACAGUUUAGGGAGUACUUCAACACAUGGCUUGUGGUGAGAGAUUUGAGGCCACCGGGGUGGGAAGAUAAGGAAGAUAGCAUGACAUUGUGGCAAAGCCAGCCUCGUGAUCUCUAUCGCCGAUCACUGCCAGGACUUGUGUUAGCCAUUUAG